AAAAAUUCAAAAAGCGCGUAACAGAAUUCAUAUUGAGUCGUUGACCAAUUGACCGUAAAAGGUAAAACCUACUGUCCAGUGUCCACUUUGAGCUGAAGACCUCUCCACCAAGACAACUAAUCCACGACCGCCGGCGCCGCCUCCUGGACUCCCUCUUUCCGCCGCCGUUCAAGUUCCAAGCAUAGAUGGCUCUUCAGUUUAAGAUUCUUGGGAGGUUCAAUCGUGCUCGAGCAGCUCAGCUCACACUCCCUCACUUUGGUUGCCAAACGCCGCUAUUUAUGCCUGUGGGUACCCAAGGCACAAUAAAAGGUUUAACGACUAGUCAGCUUGAGGAAAUUGGUUGCCAAAUAAUUCUCGGAAACACUUACCAUUUGGCCCUUCGUCCUACUUCAGAGCUCAUUGAUGAGUUGGGGGGGCUCCAUAGUUUCAUGAAUUGGCCAAGGGCUUUGCUCACUGACUCGGGUGGCUUUCAAAUGGUCUCAUUAUUGCAUUUGGCCGAUAUUACGGAGAAGGGUGUCACAUUUCAGUCACCUGUUGAUGGGAAGCCCAUGCUACUCACUCCAGAAGAGUCAAUACAAAUACAAAACCGAAUAGGAGCCGAUAUUAUUAUGGCACUUGAUGACGUCGUUAAGACUACUAUUACUGGCCCACGGAUUGAAGAAGCAAUGUAUCGUACGCUUCGUUGGAUAGAUAGGUGCAUAAAAGGUGAGCGCGGCGGUUUCAUUGUCCGUGGCGGCGGAGGAGGGGAACCGGCGUUGAGGUGUGGAGUGGAGAUUCCUCGGCUGCUGGGGGCAGUUGCGGGAUUUGCAGCAGGUGGCGAAGGGGAUGGGGUUAGGGCUUUGGACGGAGGAGGUGUGGAUGGUUUUGCGGAGGCGGAGCAAUCGGAAUCCACGCAUGGCCGCAGCUUUUGUUGCAACAGACGGGGAGAAAUUUGUUGGGGGAGUGUGAAUUCAAAUUGGGGAUUAGGGUUUCGUUCUUACGGAGGGCGAUGGCGAUGGGCACACAAGAGACCCCAUGAUCAGAAUUUAUUUGGAAUCGUGCAAGGUGGUUUAGAUCCGGUCUUAAGGGAUAUAUGUGUCAAGGGUUUGGUGGAACGAGAUUUACCAGGCUAUGCAAUUGGUGGGCUUGCAGGAGGUGAAGAUAAAGAUUCAUUUUGGCGAGUCGUUGCCCAGUGCACAGCUGCAUUGCCUGAGAAUAAACCUCGAUAUGUUAUGGGUAUUGGUUAUCCUCUGGAUAUUGUAGUUUGCAGCGCAUUAGGUGCUGACAUGUACGAUUGUGUCUAUCCUACCCGUACGGCUCGUUUUGGGACUGCUCUUGUACCUGAGGGAGUUUUAAAACUUAAAAACCAAGCAAUGGCUAAUGAUACUCGCCCGAUCGACCCUACAUGUGAAUGCAUGGUUUGUAAGAAGUACUCGAGAGCAUACAUUCACUGCCUUGUCACCAAAGAUGCAAUGGGAUCUCAACUUUUAUCUUAUCACAAUUUAUUUUACAUGAUGAAGCUUAGCAGGGAUUUACACUCAUCAAUUGUUGAAGGCCGGUUCCCGCAGACACUUUACUACCAAGCAUCAUGUACUUUGUAUAGAUGCUCUUAUUGGACUCUCGUGUAUGAACACGACUACACGAGAUGUAACAUUUAUUUGGAGGAGAUUGUUGUACUGCAAACUAGUGGUUUAUCUAAGGGCCUCAGUAUUCUAUACUGCCUGGUGUCAGUUAUGUAUAUACUUGUUAUGACUGGUAUGCCUGAUGGCUGUGAACUCUGUAAUGUUUCAUUUCUUAUGCUAAAUUUAUUAACAAAUGGUAAGACCAUCUCCAAUCUUCUGUUCUACUCUAGUGUAAAGUUUACUCUAUUCCAUAUAGAGUUGGCCCUGAGCUAUCAACCUGCGGAUCUCCUCUCACCGCAUUCCACCGGAAAUCUUUUCCGCCCUUCUGAGCGAAUCCUCAACCGUGUCCAGUUGUUUCGGCCACCACACCACAAACCCCGUCCCUUCUUUUCCCACGAUCUCGUUCUGUAUCGUUCCAUCUGUUGCUUGAGUAAUCAACUUCCUCGUGUUCGCUAUCUCAAUUUUCGAUAA